UCUGUAGCAACUAAAGUGCUUUCAGUUUUUUCUGUUGCAGUUCUGUUUGAGAUUUCAAGAAUAUUAAACACUGGCUUGGAUAUGGAGACGUUGUCUAUUUGUGUGCGGCUUUGUGAACAAGGGAUAAACCCAGAAGCAUUGUCUUCUGUUAUUAAAGAACUGCGUAAGGCUACAGAAGCUCUGAAG